GUGGUGCUGAUCGCCGCGCGCGCGCAAGAUCGACACUGAAAUGCACUGAGCGUCAGGAUCUGAACACCUCCGACUCUGAGAUUGAACCUGAUGCUCUCUCACAACCCGCACUAUCGGAGGAGAACCUGAAAUAUUUGAUCAUGAAUCUGAAGUGAGACGGAAGCCCUUUGGAAGUCGAAGGAAAGUCAGUGUUAAACCUGCUGCUGACAUGGACGUUCCGGCACGUGUUUUAACAGGCUUUGUGAACAUGAUGUCCAUCGUGAGAUUCUUAUUAUACUUUUCUUAAUCUGAUUUCGCUGGAUGAAUAUAAUAAUGUCGCUUUAAAAAUCCCACUAAAGAAGCAAAAGACGACAACGACAUUUCUUUGGAUUGUUUGACGUUUGAAGUGAAGAAAUGGCUCGCGUUCUUGUCCUUGUGAACUCUGUCGGACUGUUGCUCUUCGGCAGUGAAAUGUUUAUUGUGGGAGCAAAUCGGCCGCCUGCUCCGGUUAAUGUGUCCGUAAUGCACCUGAGAGCAGAUUCAGCCACCGUGUCGUGGGAGGUGCCUGAGGGUGACAUCAUCAUUGGCUUUUCCAUCUCACAGCAGAGAAUGGAUGGCAAAAUGCAGAGGUUUAUCAGAGAGGUGAACACGACCAGCAGAUCUUGUGUGCUGUGGGACCUGGAGGAGGAGACGGAUUACAUCAUCCAGGUUCAGUCCAUCGGUCUGUAUGGAGAGAGUCAGGCCAGCAAACGUGUUCAUUUCAGGACCCUGAAGAAAACUGACCGGUUCCCCUCAAAUAGCUCAAAUCAAGACGACCCGACCGUCCAGGGCCUGGAUAAAGCCAGACACCUGCAGACCGGAGAGAUGAUCAUCAUUGUAGUGGUGCUUCUCAUGUGGGCAGCUGUAAUUGCCCUGUUUUGCCGGCAGUAUGACAUUAUAAAGGACAAUGAUUCCAGCAACAGCAAAGAGAAAGUAAAACCGUCCUCAGAGAGAAGCACACCAGAGCACCACAGCGGAGGCCUUCUGCGGAGCAAGUUCCACCAGUCUGUGCCAUCUAUCAACAUUAUUGAGGUCUGAUGGGAUGUCAUUCGAGCCCACCCGCAGUAUCUGGAUCACAGUAUAUCAACCUUUCCAUCACCACAGUUCAGAGCUACACAGCUACACUACAAUAUCGGCCCAUAUACAGUAUAUAUGAUCAUAUAUUUAAAUUAAGGUUCCUCUGUUAAUGGUUCCUAGUUCCGUUUUAAAGGUCUCAUAUGUACAGUGGUCAAAAACUUUUCUCAAAUUUUCUAAUACAUUGCAGGAUGAGUUCUUUUCUCUGUGUCUGAAAUGGUUCAGUUAAAGAUCUGCUCUCCAAACUCAGUCUUUCUGGGAGUCUACUCUGCUCUUAUUGGUCAGAUGGUCCAACCUGUUGUGAUUAGUCUACUGCUUAGAGUGUGUAUCAAUUACCAAAUGCUCAUUACUAUAUUCAAUGUUCAGCUUCUGUUGUUGUUCAAAUUCCUUUACAAUUGACGACAGACAGAAUAUUAUAUAUGUUCCACACAACUGGAAAAUCAGCACUCAUUUAGCAGGGUCUUAUUGCUUAUUUAUAUAAUAUCCAGAAAAAAAUACAAAAUUGGGUGCAGGAAGACUGGAAUUACUGAAAUCAAGCAGUUCAGAAUCAUUUCUUUCUUUCGCUGUGAUCUUUGCAGACCUUUCACUUUUAACAUACAACAUUACCUGUAGUAUACUACAUGAAGGGUAAUAACUGAAUAAGCAUAGAGGCACUUUAAAGCAAUCUACUGUAAAACGCAUUGAAAUGUGACUGGGUGGCUGUAUUUUAUGAAGGAUGGAGGACACCCCCAAACAUUUCCGCAGUUCAUCAGACUAAAUCAGAGAUUUUUUUUCUUUCGUUCUUUUAUAUAGAAAAGUAAGGAAAGUGUAUUUUUGAUAUGGUGCUGGUGAAAUAUGACUUUUACUCUUUAUUAGCUGGUGUUUUGUUUGUGCAUGCAUCUCUCGCAGUGUAAGAUGUGUACAGGAGCAGCUCAUUGGAUUAAGCUUGUGCUCUUAUUUGCAACUGCCAGUAAAAGUAGAGGAAAACUUGCAGAUAGUUUCAUCUCUCGACCUUUCUAAGCAUUUUGUGUAUCCUAAAUAUAAGGCUUGUGUUUGUUUUUGCACUAAAUGUUAAUUUUAAAACCUGCCAGACUGAAUAAUGUACAUGCUAAAAUCACUGUGUAGUAAACAAUGAAAAAUAAUUAUAUUCUGACUGAAAUAUUGAUAUUAAGAAUAUUAAGGUGCCAUAAAACUCAUGAUGAAAGUGCAUGCAUAGUUUGCAUUUUAUGCUCUCAUUUCAUAUGUAUUAUUUUACAUUAGGUGUGUAUGUUUCUCCUCAUUAUCAG